GAUUUGAUGUUUAAAGUUUCACUUUGUCUUCCUAAAUUAAUAGUACUACUCCAUAUUACUAUCCUCUAUAGUAUUUAAAUAAGCAAUUAUUUUAAUCUUCAUUAUCACCCCCAUCACCAAUAUCUUUGUAUCUUUCUAUCUUAAAUGUCAGUGACAGUACAAUGGUGGCUACAGAUAUUGCCCUUCUUUCUAUGACUACUACUACUCAGAUCCAAAAAUCAUCACAAUCACAAUCAAACCCUAACAUCACCACAACCACCACCACACCAUCAUCAUCAACUUGGAUGUGGAACCCUAAACAACAACAAGAAGAUGAAGAUUCAUGGGAGGUAAGAGCUUUUGCAGAAGACACAAGGAACAUCAUGAACGCAACAUGGCCACCAAGAUCUUACACCUGCACUUUUUGUAGAAGAGAGUUCCGGUCAGCUCAAGCUCUUGGCGGUCAUAUGAACGUCCACCGCCGAGACCGUGCUCGUCUCCAUCAAAAUCAACCACCGUUAAAUCCUUCUUCUCAGUUCAUACAUAUUCCUCCUCAAGAGCUUGUUAAUGCUGGAUUGUGCCUUUUUUACCAUUCACCAAACCCUAAUAUUUCUUCCUUCAAUGAUUCUAAUGGAGAUCAAUCUCCUUCAACUCUUCUCUCUAUCUCAUCAUCAUCUUAUCCAACAAACAACUUGAUGAUGCAAAGGCAAAUGCAAACUUGUUCUCCUACACCUUUUCAUUUUCAGGCUAAUUCAGCUCGAAACUUUAUCAAUAAUAGCAUCUCUUCUUUUUCUAACAAACCUGCUAUCUGCACCUCCAUAGACGAUAAGGUUCAUGAAAUUGAAGAACUCGAUCUUGAGCUACGUUUGGGGAACAAGCCAGCACCGACAUGAAAAAUCUAUAGCUAUAGCAUAGAUAUAUAGAUGGAUGAAUAUUUAUUUAUAUUUCAAGUUUAUUCAUUUUAGUGUGUAUGAAGAAUAUUCAAUUCUAAAUUCCUAAAAGUACUAUUAUAUAUUAA